AUGCAGGAUUUGUCAGAAUUUGGUGAGGCUGCACCUUUCCUAAGGAAAAGUGAUAAGGAACUAAUGGUUCUUCAAACCAUCGCCUUUGACGGCAAGAAAAGGUGCUGGAUUCCUGAUGAAAAGGAGGCUUAUAUUGAGGCUGAGAUAAUUGAAAGAAAUGGCCCCAAGGUCACUGUGGAAAACAAGAAUGGCAAAACACUGACAAUUAAAGAAGAUGAUAUCCAGCUGAUGAACCCACCAAAGUUCGACAUGAUUGAAGACAUGGCCAUGCUGACAAACUUGAAUGAGGCAUCGGUCCUGUACAACCUGCGCAAACGUUACAGUAACUGGAUGAUCUAUACCUACUCUGGGCUGUUCUGUGUAACUGUGAACCCAUACAAAUGGCUUCCAGUGUACAGUGCUCCUGUGGUUGCUGCCUACAAGGGCAAGAGACGCUCUGAGGCUCCACCUCACAUCUACUCGAUUGCUGACAAUGCCUACAAUGACAUGGUCCGAAAUCGGGAGAACCAAUCAAUGUUGAUUACCGGGGAGUCUGGAGCUGGGAAAACUGUCAACACUAAACGUGUUAUUCAGUACUUUGCUAUUGUUGCUGCCAUGGGCGAUGGAAGUGGAAAGAAGGGCUCCCAACCAGCCACCAAGACUGGGGGGACUCUGGAAGACCAGAUCAUCGAAGCAAACCCAGCCAUGGAGGCGUUUGGGAAUGCCAAGACAUUGAGGAAUGACAACUCCUCCCGUUUUGGGAAAUUUAUCCGGAUCCACUUUGGUCCCACAGGAAAGCUUGCAUCGGCUGAUAUCGACAUCUAUCUCCUUGAAAAAUCAAGAGUGAUCUUUCAGCAGCCUGGUGAAAGGAGUUAUCACAUUUAUUACCAGAUCUUCUCUGGCAAAAAACCAGAGCUGUUUGAUAUGUUACUGGUGAGCAACAAUCCCUUUGAUUAUCACUUCUGUUCUCAAGGGGUUGUUUUAGUGGACAACCUGGAUGAUGGGGAAGAACUCAUGGCAACUGAUCAUGCCAUGGACAUAUUGGGCUUCAGCGCAGAUGAGAAGUAUGGCUGCUACAAGAUAGUGGGAGCGAUCAUGCACUUUGGAAAUAUGAAGUUCAAACAGAAACAACGAGAGGAGCAGGCUGAACCAGAUGGAACUGAAAAUGCAGACAAAGCUGCAUACCUGAUGGGGAUCAGUUCUGCCGACCUCCUGAAAGGUCUCGUCCACCCACGGGUCAAAGUAGGAAAUGAAUACGUGACAAAGGGACAGACUGUUGCUCAGGUUAACUAUGCUGUAGGGGCACUGGCAAAGGCUACUUACGAUCGUAUGUUUAAGUGGCUAGUUCAACGCAUCAAUAAAACUUUGGACACAAAGUUAUCAAGGCAGUUUUUCAUUGGAGUCCUGGACAUUGCAGGCUUUGAAAUAUUUGAGUAUAACAGUUUUGAGCAACUCUGCAUCAACUUCACCAACGAAAAGCUGCAACAGUUUUUCAAUCAUCAUAUGUUUGUGCUGGAGCAGGAGGAGUACAAGAGGGAAGGUAUCGACUGGGUCUUCAUUGACUUUGGUCUGGAUCUGCAGGCUUGUAUUGAUCUUAUUGAAAAGCCGCUGGGUAUCCUGUCAAUCCUGGAAGAGGAAUGCAUGUUCCCAAAAGCCACAGACAUGUCAUUCAAAGCAAAGCUGUAUGACAAUCACCUGGGCAAAUCCCCCAAUCUGCAGAAACCACGGCCAGACAAAAAACGCAAAUAUGAAGCUCACUUUGAGCUGGUUCAUUAUGCUGGUGUGGUUCCCUACAACAUUAUUGGGUGGCUCGAUAAAAACAAGGACCCAUUGAAUGAGACUGUGGUGGCAGUCUUUCAGAAAUCCUCCAACAAGUUGUUGGCAUCAUUGUAUGAAAAUUAUAUCAGUGCCGAAGCAGGUAAAUUAUUUUCAAAUUGCUCCAUGGAUCAGGCCAAGUCAGGAGCAAAGGAAAAGCGGAAGAAAGCUGCCUCCUUCCAGACUGUCUCCCAGUUACAUAAAGAGAAUCUCAACAAGCUGAUGACUAACUUGCGAUCAACACAGCCUCAUUUUGUGCGCUGUAUUAUUCCCAAUGAAACCAAGACUCCAGGUGCAAUGGACCCAUUCUUGGUCCUACACCAGCUACGUUGUAAUGGUGUGCUCGAAGGAAUCCGCAUUUGCCGUAAAGGUUUUCCAAACAGAGUAUUAUAUGCCGACUUCAAGCAGCGCUACCGUAUUCUCAACCCAAGUGCUGUUCCUGAAGACAAGUUUGUCGACAGCAGAAAAGCAACAGAGAAAUUGUUGGGCUCCCUUGAUAUUGAUCACAGUCAGUACAGGUUUGGCCAUACAAAGGUGUUCUUCAAAGCUGGGCUGUUAGGACAUCUAGAGGAAAUGCGAGAUGAACGAUUGGCAAAGAUCCUGACCAUGAUCCAGGCUCGGAGCCGAGGCAGGUUGAUGAGGAUUGAAUAUCAGAAGAUCAUUGAAAGACGAGAUGCACUGCUCGUCAUCCAGUGGAACAUUCGUGCUUUCAAUGCAGUAAAGAAUUGGUCUUGGAUGAAACUCUUCUUCAAGAUUAAACCUCUGCUGAAGAGUGCUGAGACUGAGAAGGAGAUGGCAACACUGAAAGAGGAAUUCCUGAAACUGAAGGAGGCUCUGGUAAAGUCAGAGGCGAAACGCAAGGAGCUGGAGGAAAAACAAGUUACCCUGAUACAGGAGAAGAAUGACCUGUCACUUCAGUUACAAGCGGAGCAAGAUAUGCUUGCAGAUGCAGCAGAAAGAUGUGAUCUACUGAUCAAAGCAAAAAUCCAGCUGGAAGCUAAAGUAAAGGAGCUGACAGAAAGACUGGAUGAUGAAGAGGAAAUGAAUGCUGAGAUUACUGCAAAGAAACGAAAGUUAGAGGAUGAAUGUGCAGAAUUGAAGAAAGAUAUUGAUGAUCUUGAAAUCACCCUGGCCAAGGUUGAAAAGGAGAAACAUGCAACAGAAAAUAAGGUUAAGAAUCUUACAGAAGAAAUGGCCACUCUAGAUGAAACUAUUGCUAAACUCACGAAGGAGAAGAAGGCUCUCCAGGAGGCUCAUCAGCAAACCCUAGAGGACCUCCAGGCCGAGGAGGAUAAGGUCAAUACACUGACUAAAGCCAAGUCGAAACUUGAGCAACAAGUCGAUGACCUUGAAGGAUCAUUGGAACAAGAGAAAAAAGUCAGGAUGGACCUUGAGCGAGCAAAACGGAAACUAGAGGGGGACCUGAAACUAACACAUGAGUGUGUCAUGGAUCUAGAGAAUGACAAACAGCAGCUUGAGGAACGGCUGAAGAAGAAGGAUUUUGAAAUAAAUCAGUUAAACUCAAAGAUUGAAGAUGAGGGAGCCCUUGUUGCACAACUCCAAAAGAAAAUCAAAGAACUGCAGGCUCGAAUUGAAGAACUCGAGGAGGAGUUGGAGGCAGAACGAGCUGCAAGGGCCAAGGUAGAGAAGCAAAGGUCUGACGUAUCCCGAGAGCUGGAAGAAUUGAGUGAAAGGUUAGAGGAAGCAGGAGGAGCGACUGCAGUACAGGUGGAGGUGAACAAGAAACGUGAAGCCGCAUUUAUGAAACUGCGGCGGGAUCUGGAGGAGGCGACUUUGCAACAUGAGGCAACUAGCUCUGCCCUGCGAAAGAAACACUCUGACACAGUGGCAGAACUGAGUGAGCAGAUUGAUAAUCUACAAAGAGUUAAACAGAAGUUAGAGAAAGAGAAGAGCGAACUUAAAAUGGAGACAGAUGAUUUAGGUUCCAACAUUGAACAUAUCACUAAAGCCAAGGCCAAUGCAGAGAAGAUGUGCAGAACAUAUGAGGAUCAAUUGAAUGAAGCAAAUUCCAAAGUUGGAGAACUUCAACGCCAAGUGGCUGAUCUUGCUUCACACAGGGCUAAGUUGGAGAGUCAGAAUGGAGAGUUCAGCAGACAAAUGGAAGAAAAGGAAGCUUUGAUUAACCAGCUAAGCCGGGGGAAAUUGUCUUUCACACAAAGUAUUGAAGAGUUGAAAAGGCAGCUGGAAGAGGAGAACAAAAGCAAGAAUGCCCUGGCUCAUGCUUUGCAUGCUUCCCGACAUGAUUGUGACCUUCUGAGAGAACAGUAUGAAGAGGAACAGGAAGCAAAGGCUGAACUACAGCGAGCAUUGUCGAAGGCCAAUACUGAGGUGGCACAAUGGAGAAAUAAAUAUGAAACUGAUGCGAUCCAGAGGACAGAGGAACUGGAGGAAGCAAAGAAGAAGUUGGCCAUCCGUCUACAAGAAGCCGAGGAGGCAGUGGAAGCAGUAAAUUCAAAGUGCUCCUCACUGGAGAAGACCAAACAUCGUUUGCAGACAGAAAUGGAGGACUUAACAGUUGAUUUGGAGAGGGCAAAUUCAGCUGCCAUUGCUUUUGACAAGAAGCAACGCAACUUUGACAAAACAAUUGCUGACUGGAAGCAGAAGUUUGAGGAGACCCAAGCGGAGCUGGAGAUGUCACAAAAGGAGUCUCGUAGUUUGAGUACAGAGCUCUUUAAACUCAAGAAUGCUUACGAAGAAUCUCUGGACCAUUUGGAGACCCUCAAAAGAGAGAACAAGAACCUUCAAGAUGAGAUCUCAGACUUGACUGACCAGAUCAGUGAAAGCAGCAAGACUAUACAUGAGCUGGAGAAGGUGAAGAAGACCCUAGACCAGGAGAAGAGUGAAGUCCAGGGAGCGCUGGCUGAAGCUGAGGGUGCCCUUGAACAUGAGGAAAGUAAAACUCUGAGGAUCCAACUCGAACUGUCACAGACCAAAGCUGAAAUUGAGCGAAAACUGUCAGAAAAGGAUGAAGAAAUUGAAAAUCUACGACGUAACCACCAGCGAGCCCUGGAAUCGAUGCAGGCAGCUUUGGAUUCUGAGGCCAAGGCCAGAAAUGAAGCGAUUAGGUUAAAGAAGAAGAUGGAAGGAGAUCUGAAUGAGAUGGAAAUUCAGCUGAGUCAUGCCAACAGGCAAGCAGCCGAAUCCCUGAAACUGCUGCGAAGUGUUCAAGCUCAGAUCAAGGACAUCCAAUUGGAACUGGAUGAAACAAUUCGACAGAAUGAUGAUUACAAAGAACAAAUUGCAUCCGCUGAACGUCACAGUAACCUGUUGGUGGCAGAGGUUGGGGAGUUACGUGCUACUCUCGAACAGUCUGAGAGAAGUAGGAAACUAGCAGAGCAGGAAUUACUGGAGGCAACAGAGCGUGUGAACCUACUGCAUUCACAGAACACUGGUCUGAUAAACCAGAAGAAGAAGCUGGAAAAUGACAUUAACUACCUGAGCACCGAGGUAGAAGAAGCAGUCCAAGAAUGUCGGAAUGCAGAAGAGAAAGCUAAGAAGGCAAUAACUGACGCUGCAAUGAUGGCAGAGGAACUGAAGAAGGAACAGGACACUAGUGCACACCUGGAAAGGAUGAAAAAGAACAUGGAGCAGACAACCAAAGAUUUGCAGCUACGUUUGAAUGAAGCUGAACAGAUUGCACUGAAAGGAGGCAAGAAACAAAUACAAAAGCUUGAGACCAGAGUGAGGGAGCUGGAGUCUGAGCUGGAGUCUGAACAGAGGAAAACUGCAGAAUCAUUGAAAGGACUGAGAAAGUACGAGCGGAGGAUCAAAGAACUGACCUACCAGGGCGAGGAGGACAGGAAGAACAUUGUUUGUAUGCAAGACCUCAUUGAUAAACUGCAGUUGAAAGUCAAGAGCUACAAGCGUCAGGCUGAAGAGGCUGAGGGAAAUGCCAGCACAAACAUCGCCAAGUUCAGGACAUUGCAGCGUGAAUUGGAUGAUGCCGAGGAACGUGCUGAGAUAGCAGAGUCUCAGGUCAACAAGCUGAGAGCUAAAACCAGGGACAUCAAGCACGAAGAGUGAAGGUCAGAUGUCAAGGAAUAUUUGACGCAGCACAUUUCUGCUUUUUGUUCCUAUGUAGUUUUAGUGCACCAAAUCCUGUGUGAAUAAAGCAAAUUG